AUGUCUCCAACCACAACGGGGCCGUUGCCCGAUGCCAAGAAGCUCACCGAAGAGCAAAUCGCGAUGAAAAAGCUCGACUCAAUCACAGCAGGUGAAGUCGUCGAGCUUGACGCUACAGAAACAUUUCUCCGUCAACACAACUUCACAAAUGAGUACAUCGGCGAAUUGUUGACGGAUACAGAGCUCAACAAGAAACUCAUCCGAAAGGUUGACAUGAUCCUCCUCCCCAUGUUGAUGGGCACAUACAUGCUUCAGUACAUCGAUAAGAAUGCAUUGAGUUACGCAGCGGUUUUCGACCUCUUUACAGACACCGGAGUAUCAUCAGAUCAAUAUUCCUGGUUUGCCUCGAUUUUCUAUUUCGCUUACAUGGCUGCGGAAUACCCUUGGCUGUUUCUCGCACAGAAAACGCGAAUGGCUAAGGUUGUCAGUGGUUGUGUAAUGGGAUGGGGGAGCGUGUUGUUGUUGACCACUGCGGGAAAUAACUUUGGUUCGUUGGCCACGUGCAGAUUUUUCCUUGGCGUCUUUGAGGCGCCCAUCACGACGUGUUUCAUGAUGAUCGUUUCGAUGUGGUAUACGCGUGAGCAGCAGCCAUUCAGAGCUGGUAUCUUCUACUGCUGUAAUGGCGUUGGAGCUAUGCUCGGUGGCAUUCUUACCUAUGGCAUUGGCCAGAUUAAGAACUUUCCCGUCUGGAAGGCUGUUUUCAUGACAUGCGGAGGCAUGACAGUCGUCUGGGGGUUUGUCCUCCUCUUCUUCCUCCCCGACAGCAUCAUGUCAGCUCGCCACUUCACCCUUGAAGAACGAGCCCUACUCAUCGGCCGUGGUCGUCUCGCUCGAACUGGUGUCUUAAACAAGACCAUCAAGUGGAACCAAAUUCGGGAGGCUUUCAUCGAUCCACAAGUCUGGCUUCUUGUCUUGUUCAUACUCCUCAACGAGACCAUCAACGGAGGUAUCGCCAACUUCGGUAAGCUCAUCAUCAAGGGCGUUGUCAAGGACCCCCUUGAGACAGUCGCUCUUGGUAUCCCUAUGGGCGCAUUCCAAGUCAUGUACAUUUUAUCAGGCACUUUCUUGGCUUCGCGCAUCAAGAACUGCCGAACUAUCAUCAUGGCUGUCUAUCUUAUUCCCACCAUGAUUGGAGUCUGCCUGCUCUGGAAGCUUGAUCGUGAGCAUCACAAGAUCGGCGUGCUUUUUGGUUAUUACAUCAUCGGCGCCUUUGUCUGCUCUCUGGUCCUCGCGAUGCAGAUGCCCGCUAGCAAUCUCGGCGGCUACACCAAGCGCAUCACUGCUUCAGCAAUGGUAUUCAUCGCCUAUUGUGUGGGUAAUGUCAUCGGCCCUCAUGCUUUCUUGGGCUCGGAAGCGCCUCUGUAUCCAUCCGGCUGCAUUACGAUUCUCAGCUGUUCGGUUGCGCAGAUGGUCGUCGCAAUUAUGCUUCGAGUACUCUUGUCCAGACGAAAUGCACAACGAGAUGCCGCCGCUGCGGCUAUUGGGACGAAUAAUGAGGAUGCAUCUGAAGUGGAUGGAGCUGAUUUAACAGAUUUCGAGAACCCUCAUUUCCGUUACGUGCUCUGA